AUGAACCGGGCAAGUUCCCGGAACACCGUGGCAGACAUCAUUGGCAAGAGGCUCAGUGAGAAGCCGGUGAAGGAAGAGGAGGAGGAGCAGGAAGAUGCAGACGAGAGCAGUAAGCUUUACCACAUGGGCCUGGCGGCCAAGGAAGCCGCGACCAUCCAUCGAGGUCGCUUUAGCUGGCUCUUCGCCGCACUGAUGUGUUUCUUCAUAGUUGGUGCAUUCGUGUCACUGGUUCUGAUGCUGCUGUCCCUGCGGAAUGACACUUUUCGCAUGAUCUCCGAGGAAGUCUCCUACAUCAACGCUCCGAACCCCCCGUGGGAGAUGCCUCCUUGGGGCUCCUUCACCGCAAGCCUCGAGAGGGCGCUCUCUCUCUCUGGCUUGGGGGGUGUAAGAUUUAGGUGA